AUGGCGUGGCAGUGCCUCCUCAACCAGGGCUCGAUGCUGGCUAGAGUAGCUGUGAAGGUAAUGAACACGCUUGCGAACUCCGUACCCUCAGAACGAAGUUUCUCUGCUAUUAGUUUCAUACAUACGAAAGCUCGGAAUCGGCUUACGCCCAUGCACGCUGAUAUGCAGGCCUUCAUUUUUAUGAACGACCGCGUAUUAGAUCGCCUUAAGGAUCAGAAGUACGCCCAUAAAAAGCGCUGGGCGGAUCUUGAGGAGAAGGACUGGCUAGAACUCGAAGAUUCAUAUCUCGAGUUAUUUGUGAAUGCGCAGGGCAAGAAGGUCUGGAUGGAUGGCGUGAUGGCCUCUACCAAUGGAGAUUUUGACCUCAAAGGGGCCAACUAA